AUGGUAGUCACAAGACUGAUUGUAAUAAAUACGCUUUUUAUUGCUUCAAAUGCUGAGCCUUGUCCGUCAGACUGGAUCGUCAUCGGUGACAAUUCUUACAAGACCUUUGAAGGGGGAAUCGAUGGAGUUCCGGAAAAGAGCUGGAAUGCUGCUCAAUCUCACUGUAACACUUUUGGCGCUGAUCUUGUCGAUUUUCACAGCGAAAACGAGAUGCGCCUGAUUUACGAUACGCUGAAAUGGAAAGACCGAGGAUUCCGAAACUACUGGAUUGGGCUCAAUAAUCUCAAACAGUUCAACACGCUAGAAUGGGUCAACACCAACCAAAACGGAGAUGUUACGAAACCGUAUAAUUACAAAAACUGGGCGCCGGGAAUGGAAAAUAACUCGGACCAGUCCAAGAGGUGUACUUUUGCACUUUUCACGGAAAACCUCCCUGAUUUUCCAAUGCCUUGGGAUGGGGAAGGCCUUUGGGUCAAAAAUGAAUGUACCAAGACUGCCAGCUUCAUCUGCAAAGCCAAAAGUACUCAAUGCGUCGCCGACUGCCGUGGCGAUAAUUGGUUCAAAAUGGACGUCGGAACCGGUGAACCAUCCUGUAUCAUCUUUCCCAAGCCAACAACUCAGCGACAAUUCGAACUCGGCCAGAGCUACUGUCAAGGAGGCCUCGGGAACAAUUAUUUCGGCGAUUUGGUCACGAUCAAAAACGAGCAAGAAAAUAAGUUUAUCGCUGAGAAACUCAAAGAAGCGAUCAAUUCUUGGGGCGAUUCUGUGACUUACAAAGGCGCCUGGAUCGGGUUGAACAAUUUGAAUGCCCCACAAAACCAGCCCGAUCGUUUUUCCUGGAUCUCCGGGGAGUAUAGUUCUGGUUAUCUCAACUGGGAAUACGGCGCGCCAGAUAGUCAGUUGGAUCAAACACCUGCCGCGACUUGUGCUAGCUUUGAGCCGGGAGCUGAGGAUACCAGUUCUGCUGUUUGGUCUGCUCGAUGGUGUAAUGAACCGAAAUCAGUCAUUUGCCAAAAACCAGUCGGUCAAACUUGCCCAGAAGGAUGGACCUUUCAGAAGAUAAAGGACAAAGGAGACAGUCAUGUUGGAAAUAAAUGCUACAAAUUCUUCCUCAAUGGCAAUUAUCACCUUCCUUGGUAUGAAGCGAAAAAAUAUUGCGAGAGCUUCGGAGCUCAACAGAUCAGAAUCGAAAGCCAAGCGGAAGCAGACAUCUUCGCACAGUAUCAACAUGAGUGGGCGGAAGCAGGAGUCACGCGAAUGUGGCUGGAUCUGUCAAACAUUCACGAUGAAAUGCCGCUGCAAGAUCCAGUACGAGACUGUCGACUGCAAUAUUCAGAUUUCAACUCCAACCCGAGCUUUACUUACUGGGCGGAUGAUCAGCCAAAAUGCAAUGUCAACUCUCACACCUGCGCGUAUCUCGAUGUCUUGAAAACUUCGGACAACUGGAUGGCCGAAAGUUGCUCGACUACUGAAGCUUUUGGCUGUUUCAUGGAUGCUCCUGCUCAACUUCGACCGACGGAAGCUCCAACUUCAAAUUUGACAUGUAUCAAAUCCGACGAUUGGCACAUGACGACAUUUUUGAACGAGCAAAAUGGCAUGUGCUACAGUUUUUCAAAGUACUACAACGGCAACACGACUUAUUUGACAAAAUACGAGGCGGCCGAGUUUUGCGAAAGUCUCGGAUCAAGACUCGUUGAAAUUUUCAACGACGAGGAAAAUGCAUUCAUCGUCAAGCAUCAACUCGCAUCGAGCUGGCUUGGGCUGGGAUUGCCAUAUGCAGGCGGCCAGCCCAUUGAUUGGGAUUCCGGAACGAGCGUGAGCUACAAAAACUUUGCCGAUGGAGAGCCAGAAAAUAAUCCGUACAAGUUUUGCGUCGAACUUGCUGCCGGCCUGGAUAAUCAUGAAAUGGCUGGGCUCUGGAGAGCAUUCAACUGUGCUGAAAAACGAUAUCCGAUCUGCAUGCAGCCAGCAGUGCAAGUUUCGACGACUAAAAAUCCAAAUACUGUGCCAACAGCGCUGCCGCAUGAAGAAUGCGAUUUCGGAUGGACGUUUUUGGAAAGCUCGCAAAAGUGCAUCAUGAGUACUUCUGAUCAGAAGGGGUGGAAGGCAGCUCAAUCAUUUUGCGAAGGACAAGGAGCAAAUUUGGUUUCGAUCAAUUCUCCAGAUGAGCAGGACGACGUUUUCAGAAUUGCUUCUCUUGAUCCAUCCGAAUCAGGUAAUUUUGAUCAAAUGAGUUUAUUAUUUUUUAUGACGGCAUUAUAA